AUGGCUCUAUCCCUAAGUCGAAGGUGUCUGGGAGGCAAUGCUGGCACUAUAAGCUUCCGUAGCCGUGCUGGGUCUGCCGCACCGGCUUCUAAGGAACCGUCUGAAAAGAUGAACAUGUUUAUGGCUAUCAACUCUGCAAUGACGGUCGCAAUGGAGGAGAAUCCGAAAACUGUGGUGUUCGGUGAGGACGUCGCUUUCGGAGGAGUCUUCCGCUGUACAGUCAACAUGCGAGAGCGAUUUGGCCCUGAACGAGUGUUCAACUCUCCGCUUACAGAGCAGGGUAUCGCUGGAUUUGCUUUCGGGAUGGCCGCUACGGGAGGACACGAUGUCAUUGCUGAGAUCCAAUUCGCUGACUACAUAUAUCCAGCAUUCGACCAAAUCGUCAACGAAGGGGCUAAGUAUCGCUACCGCUCAUCGGGUGCUUAUCACGUUGGAGGUGUCACCUUCCGUGCUCCCUCUGGUGCGGUCGGUCAUGGCGGGCUAUAUCACAGUCAGAGUGUUGAAGCUUUCUUCGCUCACUGCCCAGGGAUCAAAGUUGCCAUACCGCGUUCAGCACUACAGGCUAAAGGUCUACUCCUUGCGUGUAUCAGAGAUCGAAACCCAUGCGUUUUCUUUGAACCCAAGGCCCUUUACAGAGCUAGCACUGACGAUGUGCCGACUGGGGACUUCGAAUUACCUCUGGGCGUAGCUGACAUUGUUAAAGAGG